CGGCGGCUAUAAAUACUUCGACCCAGUCCCGUUUUUUCCUUCUUUAUUUCGAGCCGUGAGAGGGGAGGGAGAGGAGUCGUAGGUCAGUCGUCGGCUUCUCGUCGAUCGCUCGGCUGUGAGGGUUUCUUGUUCCAAAUCGAGGUUGCCAUGUGUCCUUCGGCGCCUUUCUCUGUCCCACUGGAUAUCAAUGCAUCUUCAACUGACGAAGAACUUGUACUGUUCGUGGGAGGGAGGAAGUUUGGGGAUCCCGUCCCAGACAACGUGAUCACUGAAGUGAGCCCUUUCAGCGUCGAACCAUGGAAUUCUCCUGAAGAUAUGUGGUACUUGUACAAUCCUGAUGACCCACAGUCUCUGAAUGGUGAAUGUGAAAUUAAAGUGACAAGAACUGGGUACUGGAAACCCAUGGGUGGUCUCAGAAUAUUCACAAGUACUCCUACUGUAGGCAGAAAAACAACAAGGGAAUUUUAUAUAGGGAAAGCACCCAAUGGAGAUAAAACUGGGUGGACGAUGCAUGAAUAUCAAACAGAACAGAAGACACACCAGGGAAUUAAUAAAGAGCAGGACCACUGCUCUCUGUAUAGAGUCUUUUUCCAAAUUAAUGAAAGGCCAAAUCAUGAGGAACAGCAUAACUCUAUGAUUGCAGAUGCUGCUGAUGGUGAUUACCUAGAACAUGUGUUGCUGAAUCUUCUAGAACAAGAAAACAAUUCAUCUUCAAGUGGUGCUGGAAACAGAUCCCAGAUGGUUGGCAGGGAUCAGCAGGGGCAAUCAGUAUUAUCUGGAACAAGUGUUACCGGUCCAGAAACUGAUAGCUCUGCUGAGGACGUAUAUGCAACUUGUGAUUUUUCUAAGGGAGACUACUUGGAACUGAAUGACCUGUAUAGUCCAGGGACAUCUUCAUCCAGUUCUGACAAUUCUAGCCUCAUGUCAGUAAACUCUGAUGAAUACUUUGAUGCUGAUGCCUUGUUGAGGGAUCUUGAGAAUGAACAUAACCCAAGGGUGGAAGAAGAGCAUGCAGAUUGCAGAUACAGUGUCUCUGCAUCCGUCAAAUCAAAUCAAGUGGUUAUCAGGCCACCACCAUCAGAUGCCUAUGUGGCCCAACCUUUUGAACUACCCAACAUCCUGGGGCUUGUUAUCCAGCAGAUUUUAUUCUUCGAACUGAAGACAUGCCAUUCACUUAUCGCCCUCAAUGCUCAGUUUGCGGUAACAGUAGCAGUAAUCUGGUGGCAGAAGGGGGCGCAUUUGCCAAUCCAAUGCCUGAAAGGGCAUGGGCUUCCGGCCCUUCCUCUUCUGCUUAUGAGCUAUCUCAUAACAGGAAGGCUUCUAGUUCAGGCAAAUCUCCAGGUAGUGAUUCAGACCAAUCUUCUUCCGGUAGUUCACGUGGCAGCAGGACUUCCCGAGGUCAGGGAUUGAAGACUGUUGGCAGGAUUGCAAAGUUGGGGAAGUACUAUUGCUGCUGUGGAUCAUUUUAGCCUUACCAUCAUUCUGAAGUUAUUUUUAGCUGAGUAGAACAUGAUUGCAAGUUUGGAAGGUGCAAGCGUCUGGGGUGCCAGAAGAUUGAAAGCCUGGGAACCAACCGCUAACAAGAAAGCAGAAACAUUAGUAAUGUACAGUACAUGUAUUGGGUGUAGAGUCGAGGACAAACUGCUGCUCUGAAGCAUUUUAAAGCCAGCUCAGCAUUCAUCUUCAAUCAUGCUGAGCAAAAUAGUGGGGACAGGUAUAGUGCCAAUCAUCUAUUGCCUGAGGCAACUGCUGGAGGAAUAAUUGCUGGUCGGUGAUUCUUGGAUUUAGUAUACCUCAUUCAUAUCAUCAUCUAGCUUCGCUACAGCAAUCAAAUCUUAGGGAUUGAACAACAUACUAUUUGACGGUAAAAAAUAGGAAAACCUACAGGUUCUGUUCUGUUUAUAUUGGGUGCAGCCUCUGUAAUUAUAUAUAUUACUUAUGUAAGUGCAUGUUCUUCCCCUUCCACCCACUCAUUCUACAGAAUAUAUUCUCAAAGUGGAUGUUGAUUUC